CUCCAAGCGACGCGGAGGGUUGACUCGUCAGGAUCCAGAUCCUGCGAUGGGUUUACUGCCAAGGCGCCUGCUGCCCGAUGCCUUGGUCUCUCGCUGCGGUUUAGUGGCGAUAGCCAGGAUGACAUGCACCGUAGGCUCGUAUGCGAUCACGUCACGGUGCAGGCCCGCCAUGCUUCAUGCGCAGUGCUGGAGACACUGUGUUUACUGACACUGCCACAUCCGCUCGUCUACACAGUAUACUACCGGUGUAAGUGCGCAAUGCGAGAGCUGUGCGACGUCAAUUCGCACCUCGUCGAGGCACAGCAAGCACAUCAUCACAGUGCAACGGCUACUGUAUGUGUAGUGCAGGAUGAUAGCAAUCUGAACCGAGCUCCAGCCUCGGUGCAUCCAACAUCGUUUGCUUCGCAAGUGGCAUGUGAAGGCACGGAUAGAUCUGAUUCAGCCGGCAACUCUAGGGUAACUUCGCUUCGAACAAGUUGAGAUAGAUAUCGGCGAAUAAGAUUGUCCGUUCAGCCAUAGUAGAAGUGUAGGAUGGUGUACAAUGCCAUUGCGAAAGGAUCCAGCACGCACCGGGAC